AUGCUGUUGAGUGCACAUUCAGUCUUGUCCACUGCACAUCUCUAUCAAGUUGGUGCGCACAUCGCCAACCCUCACUGCUUGCUUAAGUCAGUCAACACAAUCGACAGUUUCCGCAUUGGUAAUGGACGCAAUACAAUCACUGGAGACUUGUUACAAGACGACGAUGAUGAUGAUGGCGAACAUGACAAACACACUGCCGAGAUAUUUGGACGUCUGCGCGGACUGCACCUCGACCUGCGCGCAGACCUGACGCCCUACACGCUCACGCCGUCGUUGGAGCAGUUUGUCGCGCUGGUACAAUCGAUCCACGAAGACAUGUUCUCGCUCGAGUCGCUGGCAAUCUCUGCGUGGGACUUUGAUCAUAGCACUUGGAAGUGGCUGCCGAACAAACCGAUUAACAAUCUCGAGAUUGUGCUGUCAACACUGGCUCCCGUGCUGCGGAGUUUGCGUUCGCUCAAUGUCUCGGUGUCCCCAUUCAACAUCCUCGACUCGACUAUGUUACCCACAUUCCUCGCGAGCUCGCCACACCUCAAGAACGUGUCUCUGCGCGGUCUUUUUGGAAGCGUGGAGAUGUAUGAGUCGACACUGGCUGCCCUGCCCGAGGGGCUCGAGUCGCUUGGCCUCAAUGCGCUCAACACAAAUGAGUUACCCAAUCACUUUAUGCAUCUCACGCGACUGAAGCACCUACACACGCUGGACCUGUCGUUAUACACGGACUUCAACACUUCGCAGCUGUGCGACUACCUUGCCAACAACACAUCAUUGACAUGUGUGCGUCUGCCUCGACUGGCACUCAACGCAACAACGAUGGCCAUGCUGGAGCAGAGAGCGUAUCGCGAUGUCCAACUGGACCUAGACGAUUGGUUCGCCGGCCAGACCAAGCUGGCGGUCCGAUUCCACGAUGGGGUCCGAUCGCUGAGUGUCCGUGUGGCGGACAAGAAGGACGGCAGUAGCAUGGCAGAGGCAAUCGAACGGUCGCUGUUUGAUGGCAACUCAUUCCCCAGUCUCACCGCACUCACAUUAUCGCUCUCCUAUCAAAUAUUGUUGCCAGAAGUGAUUCGCUUGGUGUCCACAACACGAUCACUUCGAUUACUCUCCUUGUCUGGAUUGGACAAGGAUACAUCAGAGUCGUUGGUCCAUCACAACCCACAUGUUGGAGAUUGCAAUGAGUUGAUGGAGGCAUUAUUAGAGGCGCUGCAGGAGAAUCAUUAUAACUGUCUGGAGAAGCUAUCAUUGCCAUUCAUGGUCAGUGAGCAUAAUAUUGAAAAUACUGGAUACUUCCUGGACGAUCCAAAGAUAGGAAUACAAUUACAAUGGGAUCGAGUCAAGUGGAGUGGAUUGAGUGGAGUUCAGUGA